AUGAGGUGGCAGCAGUUUGAAGGGCUCCGGCUGAUGGUCCCAUGGGCAUUGCCGCUAUUGGUCCUGAGUCUGUGCUGCCGGGGGUUGGUAGCCGCCGCCGCUGCCGGCCCGGUGCCUGACCAGCAUGCCGCCGCCUCCUCCCCCGGCCAGGCGCCGCUGGACUGGCUGCUCACCGACCGGGGACCAUUUCACCGAGCUCAGGAAUACACCGACUUCGCCGAACGCUACCGGCAGGGUUUCACCACCAGGUACAGGAUCUACAGAGAGUUUGCCCGCUGGAAGGUGAAUAACUUAGCCUUGGAAAGGAAAGAUUUCUUCAGCUUACCGCUGCCCUUGGCCCCCGAAUUCAUCCGGAACAUCCGCCUCCUGGGACGAAGGCCCAGCCUGCAACAGAUUACGGAAAACGUGAUUAAAAAAUAUGGCACGCAUUUCCUGCUCUCCGCCACUCUGGGAGGAGAAGAGUCCCUGACCAUUUUCGUGGACAAGCGCAAGCUGAGCCGGAAGGCGGAAGCGGUCGGGACGGGAGGGGGCGGGAACAGCUCCACUGUCUCCUUGGAGACUCUGCACCAGCUGGCUGCCUCGUACUUCAUUGACCGGGAAAGCACUCUGCGCAGGCUCCACCACAUCCAGAUAGCCACAGCCGCCAUCAAGGUAACCGAAACCCGGACGGGCCCUCUUGGCUGCAGUAACUACGAUAACUUGGAUUCGGUCAGCUCGGUUCUCGUCCAGAGCCCUGAGAACAAAGUACAGCUACUAGGGCUGCAGGUGCUGCUGCCCGACUACCUGCGGGAAUGCUUUGUGGCGGCCGCGCUCAGCUACAUCACCUGCAGUUCGGAGGGAGAGCUCAUCUGCCGGAAGAAUGACUGCUGGUGCCAAUGCGGGCCUGGCUUCCCGGAUUGCAAUUGCCCUGAAGCCGACAUCCAGGCAAUGGAAGACAGUCUGCUGCAGAUCCAGGAUGCCUGGGACAAUCACAAUAGACAGUUUGAGGAGUCAGAGGAGCUCCAGUCCCUGGUGAAGAGACUCCCGGAGGAUCGCUUCGUGAACAUGACGACAGUCUCCCAGUACUGGGCAAUGGACCUCGAUGUGCAGCAUCGCUACCAGCAGCUGGGCACCAGCCUGAAGCUGCUGCUCAAGAAAACCCAUCGAAUCAUCCGGCGUCUCUUCAACCUCUGCAAACGCUGCCACAGGCAGCCUCGCUUCAGACUGCCAAAGGAGAGAUCUUUACCCUACUGGUGGAACCGCAUUCAGUCCUUCCUGUACUGCAGUGAGACCACCCCACUGGGGACUUUCCUGGAAGACAGCCACAGCUGCACCUGCCCCUCCGACCAAGUCUCCUGCCAGGGGUCCAUACCAUGUGCCUUGGGCGACGGGCCAGCCUGCGCUGCCUGCUCUGAGGAGAACAGCACCCGCUGUGGGACCUGCAACCCAGGCUACGUGCUCAGCCAGGGCUUGUGCCGUCCGGAGGUGGCGGAGUCCCUGGAGCACUAUCUUGGCCUGGAGACGGACCUGCAGGACUUGGAGCUCAAGUACCUCCUCCAGAAACGGGACAGCCGCAUUGAGGUGCACUCCAUCUUCAUCAGCAACGACAUGCGACUGGGGAGCUGGUUCGAUCCCUCCUGGAGGAAACGCAUGCUGCUGACCCUCAAGAGCAACAAGUACAAGCCAGGGUUGGUCCACAUCAUGCUGGCCCUCUCCCUCCAGAUAUGCCUCACCAAGAACAGCACCCUGGAGCCAGUCAUGGCCGUCUAUGUCAACCCGUUCGGGGGCAGCCACUCAGAGAGCUGGUUCAUGCCUGUGAAGGAGGGGGGCUUCCCAGACUGGGAAAGGACUAGCGUGGAUGCCUCGGCCCUGUGCCAAAAUUGGACACUCACCUUAGGAAACAAGUGGAAGACCUUCUUUGAGACGGUCCACGUGUACUUGAGGAGCCGGAUCAAGUCUUUGGAUGACAGCUCCAAUGAGACUAUCUAUUACGAGCCCCUAGAGAUGGUGGAUCCAUCUAAGAACUUGGGCUACAUGAAAAUCAAUAGCUUGCAAGUCUUUGGCUUCAGCAUGCCAUUUGACCCGGACGCCAUCCGGGACCUGAUCCUUCAGCUAGAUUACCCAUACACCCAGGGCUCCCAGGACUCGGCCCUGUUACAGCUCAUAGAGAUCAGGGAUCGGGUGAACCGGCUUUCACCGCCCGGCAAAACCCGGCUUGAUCUUUUCUCUUGCUUGCUCCGGCACCGGCUCAAGCUGGCCAACAACGAAGUGGGAAGGAUCCAAUCCUCCAUGCAGGCCUUCAGUGCUAAACUGCCAAGCCCCAUGGAGUAUGAGACUGGCAAAUUGUGCAGCUAG